UUGUUGUAAACCUUACAUCAUUGGAACGUAGUUUUGGUCAUGAGAAUAUGGCGCUGAAUGGGGAAAGGUCAGCCCUUUCAGGGCUUUCCGACCUCAGAAAAGAGAAAGCCGAAGAGAAAGAAAACCUCUGGAAAAAGAUCUUAGGAGAGGUUCAGUCAAGUGAGCGCAACAAACUUCCAUCGUGCAAAUCUGUUCUCGUUUUAGGAGAGAAUGAAUCUGGGAAAACAACUUUGGUUGCUAAACUUCAAGGCAAUGAAGAUCCAAAGAAGGGCUCUGGCCUUGAGUAUGCAUAUAUAGAUGUUAGGGAUGAAUAUAGAGACGACCAUACGAGAUUAAGUGUCUGGGUUUUGGAUGGUGAUCCUAAGCAUGCAGAGUUAUUAGAAUUUGCAGUUAAUGCUAAUAACCUGGAACACACAUUAGUUUUAUUAACUGUUUCAAUGACGACUCCGUGGGCUAUUAUGGACCAGCUUCAUACAUGGGCAACUACUUUACAAGACCACAUAGACAAGUUAAAUAUUGAUCCAGACAAGUUUAAAGAACAACAAGAUUUGAUGACAAGGUUAUGGCAAGACUAUGUUGAACCUGGAGAUGAAUUAGAAGCAGGGUCUCCCAUGAAACGUUCUUCACGGAAUUUGGAAAAUGAUGACGAACCUGUUUUACCUCUCCCAGAUAAUGUCUUAACUAGAAAUCUUGGCCUUCAUGUGAUAGUAGUUGUUACAAAGACCGACUAUAUGACUACGUUAGAAAAAGAUUUUGAUUAUAAGGAAGAACACUUUGAUUUUAUUCAACAGUCAAUUAGAAAAUUCUGCCUUCAAUAUGGUGCAGCCCUCUUUUAUACAUCUGUAAAAGAGGAUAAAAAUUGCGACCUGUUGUACAAGUAUCUAGUCCAUAAAAUAUACAACUUUCCCUUCAGAACUCCAGCACUUGUUGUAGAAAAAGAUGCUGUAUUCAUUCCAGCUGGAUGGGAUAAUGAUAAGAAGAUCGCCAUUCUAUACGAAAACAUGCACACUUUCAGUCCUGAGGACUACUAUACAGACGUAGUGGUUAAACCUCCAGUUGUUAGGAAGGCUGUUGCAAGAGAAGUGGAAGUUCAGGCUGAAGAUGAGCAGGCAUUUUUGGCCAGGCAUCAAGCACAGCUGCAAUCCGGAGGCACUGGCUCACCGAGUGUUCCAGCUGGUAGACAAGAAUCGCCUCUCAGACAAUCUCCAGCUGUACAGAGGACUAGUGAUAGAAGAGUUUCCACUACUAAUUCUCCCAAUCCAGUUGGCUCACCAAAGAAGAUAUGGAGGCCGCCAUCUAUAGAGUCAACGAAACCUGGCGUUGCUGGAGCAAAUGAAGGUGUCCUUGCUAAUUUCUUUAACUCGCUCCUAAGUAAGAAAUCAGGAACAAAUUCCCCUUCACCUGGGGCCAUAAAAACCAAUGGUAUGGAUAAAGCUGCCAUGCGAUCAGAUGCAGCUGCGGAACUAGACCGAUUGACGAGAUCCAAAAAGCCAACAACAAAUAAUACUGCAGAAACAAACAAUUCCUCUGAAUGUUGACCUUAAAGUAUCUAUACUGGCUGAACUAUUGAAAGUCUUUAGUGCCUCAGGCCCAAGGUGUCUAUGCACUAUUAGUGGCUGAUAUAAAGUUACAGUGUGUAACACAUGGCAUUUGGGGCUGCCUACCCUUCUGGUAAUUAUUACCAGUGUCUCCCCUGGGUUCUGUGGGGGGAGAUAUGGUUGGUGUUUUCAUUCCUGUGUAUGAUAAAAAUAUUAUUACUGUACCUUCACAAGGUACUAAAUCCAAAAUAUAGAACUACUGGUACUAGCAGCUAAAGCCGUUGUAUAAAGACUUAAGAAAGACUUGUAAAGCAAUUCUUGCCUAAUUAUUAUAUAAUGAAUGAAGCGGUGUGCCUCUAAGCCUGUCACAACCACAAGAAUCUGUCUGGUGGUCAAGUUCUGGCAUGUGUGUGUGUGUGUGUAUUAACCUCACACAGCAUUUGUGACCUUGGGCUUAGGUGCACUACAUCACCCAGGCUGUGUAAGGAAAAAACCAGCUAUUGAAAGUAUUAACUUUCAAGGGGGUGGGGGACAAAGCUGGUGGGGCGUGCGUUGUGUCCUGUAUAUUUUCUUAUUUAUUUGUUAAUUUUAUAAACACUUGCCUCCAAUGCUAUUACUAUAUCAUGUCUUAAUGCUUGUUACCCUCAGUGUUUCCAGUUAAGGCUAAUCACUUUUUAAGAUUUUAUGCAAAAUUGUUUUUAACUAAAAAGGGUAAGCAUCGCAAAUUCAAGUUGCUUCUCAGGAGUGUCACGUUACGAACAGUGUAAGCCGAAUCUUGCUUCCUCAGAAUAUCAUUUUGCCCAUCUGUGAUUUAUACUGAUUUCUUUAGCAGCUUUAGAUGCUUUAUUAUAAGGGUCCCUGAUAUUUUUUGUAGAGUAUUUUGGAUUUUGUACAAUUAUUAUGAUUAUUAAAAUUUUUUUUAUCAUUUUCAUGCCAAUAAAAUCUUGAUUUCUGGCAGGUCUGACUUACUGUGGCCAAGAAAACACAAGGGCAAAUGGUCUUUUGUAGCUUAUCCACAGAGGAUGAGGGUCAACAAGCCUCAGUAUAUAAAUGGGUAUUGUUAAAUUACUCGGUUAUAAGUACUCUACAUGUAUUACUAAUGAUUUAGAUGCAGUGUUGGGCUUUUGGUACGAGUACAUGUUGCCCAUUUAUUCUAGAAAAAGGAAUGUAAGUUGAUGCAAAGAGAUGGUAUUUAUAUUUCAGUGUUAACCAUCAUAUCCCAUUGGAAGUCCAACAUUUUAAACCUAAAUGCCAAAGCUUGAAAUUUUUUCUUUGUAUAUAUAUCUUAAACUUAGUUUCAUGACUAAAUAAGAAAAUCUUUUUAUUCCUCUGUUAUUAAGGACUUACUACUUCUCCUUUUAUCCCUAACUCGAUUGUUACUCCUCUGUGCAUUUCAGAUGCUGAUGAACAAGUGCACUUCCCAUUUUGAUGCAUUGUAAGCUUAUGUUUUGAAAUUGCUUUUAGUGGUGGCAAUGCAUAUACACUAUAUAUUCUGACAUUCGAAGGGUGCCCUUGUUCCAGUACAGGUGAAUUGCAUUACAGGUGUACCAAAAUACUGAUUUAUUUGUAGGGAGCCACAAGUGUGAUAAGUUGUGCUUGGGCUAAAGGGGUGGGUAAUUGUACAUGUUUAGAGGGACCUUAAUGGACAUCGUUUGUAGCAGCUUUAAUGAGUGGAGAAAACUUAAAAUAUGCCAGUGAGAGGGAUAUGCUACUGACUUUAGAAACUGAAGUACAUUAUUUAUAAUCUAUGUAGCCAAGUUAUUUUGUUUACAGCAAAUGCAGUUUUACUCAAAGGGUACCCAAGAACAAGGUUCUCGCUUAAUUUUGAUCUUUUUAGAGCAACAAACUUAUAUGGGAAGCACAAUUCAGAGCUGUAUUUGCUCUAAAAAUAGAUAUCUCACUAAGGUCCACAUGCUUGUUGACUUCCAUGAGCUUCGUUUAUGUAGAAUGAGUAUAAUAUCAUUAACAAACAAAACCUGUUAAAGAAGUAUAAAAUUAUUACCACCAUUAUUCUUGGCAACAGUACUUCAUGGGAUAUCAGACAUAGUACCUAACAUUUUGGGAAAUACAUAAGAUUUUUUGGGUAUCAUGUCUGUUUAAGAAGAAAUAAUCUCCUAAUGUAUAUUUUUUUAUGUUUGCUUGUUUUGGGGACCUUUUUGCAAGUGAUUGGAAAAAUUAUAAAUUAGAAUAUGGUGAUAUAGGAAUGCCAGAUUUGUUAUUGUUUAUAUGAAAUUACCUCAGCAAUGUUCUUGUUAUAGUCUUAUUUCCUCUCUCUUUAUUUUAGUAUUUUCUUCAAUGAAGGGUAAUAUAGGCAAAACUUUUAAAACGAGUGUUUCUUUCAAGAAACUGUGAUCCUUUGGUUCUAAUGCGACCAAACGAUCAUGGAGAUUGAGGGUAGCAUUCUUUCAGAUGUUUUGUUGCUAAAGUAUUGCAGUGCUUUCAGUAUGUUUUCCAUGAAAAUUUAGCCAGUGAAAUUUUUCUUUGUAUUAUAGGAUUAUUUUCUCAGUUCGCCAUAGUAGAAAACUGUAAAAUAUGGAAAUAUAAAAUUUGUGAUAACUUCAA